UGAAACUUCCGCGAAAACGCUACCAAUCGCGUUAGAGCAUACAUUUCUAGGCGACCGCUGAUUUGUCGAAAACUGACCGCCAUAUUGAAAUUUUGCCCCUUCCCUGACAGAAAAUGGUUGAAUUUUUCCUUCCCCCUUGGUAUGUCAUGUCUGUGUGUUAUUCCUAUCGUAGUUAUUAAUUAGGAUAGUUCUUAACGUUAGAUUUAAAUUAAUUUUAAGCUUAGUGUAAGAAGUCCUAAAUGGUAAUGGAAGAGUACGAAUACGGGUACGUAUAAGCACAUUUUUUAUCAUUUAAAACUGCGGUGGCGCCGGAAUCACAUUUACGUGAAAUUGACGGAAGUCGCGAGCUGCCAUUGUAGCUUGGUUGCUCGGUGUCUGGUACGUGGUAUGGUGAGUGGUGAAUGUGGAAAGUUUUGCUUGUGCUCCAGGUUUACGGAAUAGCAUGCGAAUGUUGAGAUUAAAGCAGGAAAUUAUGGACGAUGAUGAAAAAGGGAAGCUGUUUGUCGGAGGACUAUCAUGGGAGACGACGCAGGACAACUUGCAGCGGUACUUCAGCCGGUACGGCGAAGUGAUCGACUGCGUGGUGAUGAAGAAUGCCGAAUCGGGAAGAUCGAGAGGGUUCGGGUUCGUCACCUUCGCAGAUCCGGCAAACGUCAAUAUCGUGCUGCAAAACGGACCGCAUACCCUGGACGGAAGAACGAUUGACCCCAAGCCUUGUAAUCCCAGGACACUGCAAAAACCGAAAAAGGGUGGUGGUUAUCCCAAGGUGUUUUUGGGAGGAUUGCCAUCAAACGUGACAGAAACCGACUUAAGAAGCUUCUUCACUCGCUUUGGCAAAGUUAUGGAAGUGGUCAUCAUGUAUGACCAGGAGAAGAAAAAAUCUAGAGGUUUUGGAUUCUUGUCGUUUGAAGAUGAAGACGCCGUAGAUAGAUGUGUUUCUGAACAUUUUGUUAAUUUGAAUGGAAAACAGGUGGAGAUUAAGAAAGCUGAGCCACGGGACGGCAGUGGCGGAAACAAGAUGGGCGGUUCUGAUCCGUCUUCGGCGUGGGGCCCGCCGCAGGCCCCCAUGGGCAUGAUGCAGGGCCCCAACGGGCAGAUGGGAGGACCUCCGAUGAAUUUGGGCGCGCCCAUGGGACCUAACAUGAUGCAGGGGUACCAAGGUUGGGGCACCUCCGCCGGCCAGCAAUCGUACGCGGGCUACGGCACUCCAACGGCUGCUGCGGCGCCCGGUUCCUACCAAGGAUGGGGCGCUCCGGCACCCGCCCCUCAGGGGCCGCCCCCGCCGCCACAUCAGUGGGGUAGCAACUACGGAGGACCACCACCACCACACCAACAGCAAGGAUAUGGACAGUAUGGAGAGUAUGGACCUAAUGCUGGAGGUAGUGCUAGCUGGAAUAGUUGGAAUAUGCCGCAAAACAGCGGUUCUACAGGUCCCUCUGGUUACAUAGCCGGCGACAUGUAUUCUCGAGGCGGCAGCGGUCCCGGCGGGCCUGGGACCCCUAGCGGCGGACCACCGACGAUGUCAUCAUCAUCCAAUAGCAAACCGCCAACGGCCGGCAACGAUUAUGGCUACGCAGCCGGCUACGGUUACGGCUCGGCGACGACAGCGGACGGUUACGGAGGCACACAAACGGUGGCCGGCGCGGCCACGGCGCCUGGUAGGGCCGCUGCAGCUGCAGGUUACGGCGGCGAGGCGGCUGCUGCGGCAGCUGCUGCAGCAGCAGCGGCGGCGGCGGCAGCUCAGGCGCAGGCCGCGGCUCAAGCGAAGCACUUCGCCGACUUCAAGGAGUGGCCCAGCUCCUGACGGGCUGCUCCGCCAGCAGCGACCUGCGCCAGGGCGGCCGCCAGCGAGCAUCAGCAACCGCAUCAAGGCGGCCGCCGCGGCGAACAUGCCGCAUCCGCUGCAGCAACCGCCUCCACGCACGGUCGAUUGUGUAUGUGAUUAGGCAGAAGGCAGGCGGUACCUUUAAGAUCAUGCGGGUGGCGAUAGCCGAGUAUUGGGUUGGCAAGGAAGUUUGGAUGAUGAUGUUGGCUUGUUUCAUUUUGUUGGUUCGAUUGCAUCACAGUAACUUUAGAUGAAAUCACUAUCAUUGCGGAAUGAAGAUACAAAUUGUUCAACUUGGAGGGGUAUCCAGGACCGGUACGCGGAUUCCGCUGAAAAAAUCCUAUACUCUAAACUCUUGCUUUGACAGCACUCCGUCUAAUGCGUUUAAAUUGGAAAGAAUUUGUCCAAUGAAGAGCUUCAUGGUGAUCUAAUUACGUUCAAAAUACUGGUUUUUCGAACUGGGGACUUUUUAGUGACCCAUGGCCGCAACUUGGACUGUAAUCAUUACAAAAAAGUUAUAUGUAUCAUACAGUGAUUUAGUAUGUUUUAUCAUUCUUCUUGCAGCGUAGAAGAAUAUAUGCAAAUAUGCAAUAUGGAACAUUUCAUUAAAAAAACCUUUUUUGAACUACAUUUCUCAUUUGACGUUGCCAAUUCACGUGGAUCCUUUGCUGGUGUAUUUUUAUUCUAGGGUCAGGACGUAUUGAUAUGGAGUUUCAAAAUGAGGUAUGAAAAAAGGUUCGACGGCAAAAUAUAGCACUGCAUCAAUUUCAAAGAAGACGCAGUGGAGGAGUGAGAGCGUUUUUAAAAUCUCUGUAUAAAAUACUAGCAGAACACAAAUCAUAAAAAAUUACAUAAAAAACAAUAUGUAGCUUCAACCGAGUGUAGACUUCAUUUUAAUAAAGCUGAUGUAAAAGCCAGUGUUUUGAACGUAAUCAAUUGGCUACUACCCUCUUUAUUGGGCAAUUUCUCUCAAACUAAAGCGCAUUGGGAGAAAUGCUGUAAUAUGCCAUGAAAUGUUAGUGACAGAAGUGCCUUUACGCGCGGAGGCAGUGAUAGGAGGCCAGAGACUGCCAUUGUCACUGUAAAGUACUAUUCAAGUUUAAAAAAGUAUGAAAAUUUGAAUAUGAAUGAUUCACAAUGGCAGUGACAGAUUUUCUAUACGUGUGGUAUGGCCGCGGACUUAGUCGUCUGUCCCUGUCUACAUGUGGAACGGUACCUUAAGAAGUCAAUGCCAAUGAGACUUCUUCCAAGUUACAGUGAUGUAUCGAACUUAACAAUAAAAGUUUAUAUUGUUGCGACUUUGAUUUUAUUGUUGGAUAUAUAUUGUUGUAAUUUUGACAUAUUUUUUCAUAUAUAUUAGAGUAAUUUUAUUUUGCUGUAUUUUCCCAUUUUUUGGGCAUUGCCUAGUUUUUCUCGCCAGACUUCCUUGCACCAGCACAAAAAUUAUACGUUUCUAGACUGUGGCUCGAUUUACCAAAAAAAUGAUGUUCGAUUGGAAGUAGACGACCGUGUUUCAAGCAUUUGAGGCUCUUUUGCAUUAUCAAAAUAAAUGAUUGCGUACAUGCUGAUGACGCCGAUUGAAUUGCAUUGUGCAUGCGACUGACGUAACUUAGAUUUUUUACUUUACAACUGAUUCAUAUCAAAACACUACAAGUAGUUUUAAAUAUUUAAUACAUAAUAGGCAUUUAAAUUGAUGUUCAGUUUGAUCUGCGUCGUCGUCAUUCAUUCCGAAAUUGACAGAAUAAAAGUAUGGAAAAAUACAAUUUGGUGACAGUUUGGAAUGUAUAAUUUACGUGUUUUAUUCGGCUCAAAACUAAAAAAUACACACAAUACACAUUUUUGAAAUUAUCGAAAAAAUACUUCCUACUGUGACGUGCUUAAAAUACAGGACUUUCCAGUUUGUAGCUAGGAAAACCAUUCAAGAGCAAAGUUAUUAACACAAAGAUAAUAUUAAAAAAAACACUAUUAGUCAUCGUAUUAUAUAAAAAAAUACUUAUUAAAAGUAAUCUCGAUGCAAUUCCUCAAUAUUAACCAUAUGAAGCAUCUCUAUUACAAAUCUGGACUUCCUGUACAUUACUAGCUCAGAUUUCAUCUAAUUUUUCAGAGUAAUUCUUCGGUAAGUAUUGAUGACUUCUGAAUAUAGCUAAUUUUGACUGUUGCCGGAAGUUACUAAUUUUAGAGGAUCGUAGAGUCAAACAACAGUUUCGGAAUUCAAAAGAUGAUCGUGGAAAUUCUAGACAGAGUUUCAAUAUUUACUUUGGAUAACAUUAAGAUAUACUAUUUAUGAAAAAGAUAAAUUUGUCGUUAUGGUAAAAAAGUAAAUAAUGGAAUGUGUGUUUUUAGAUUAUCGUUUUCUAAAGGCGAUUUAGAGUUUAAUGCAAAUAAAAUUUUAUAUAUUUGGAUGUUAUUUGGGUAAGCUAUGGAACCUAAAUUCUUAAAAAUCUUCAUAGUGACAUUACCAUAUUGAUAAAAAAAACCUCAGGGAAAUAUGUAAAAAUAGGUGGUUUAAUAUUCGUGUUUCAUAAAUAUUACAUCUGUAGGUUAUUCAAGUACAUAUUGAUUUUUUCCUUCAUAUAAUAAUGGAUUUAUUCGCUAUAUUGACUUUUUUGUAUAAAUCUGUAAUUCUAGUAGGUAACAUAAAUCUUAAUAAUAUUUAACAGACAGACAGAUAUAUGUUGACUAAUUUUAAGCUCCCGCUCAAGUUGUUAUGGUAAACAUAAUAUAUAUAUUUAAAUAGUGUAUAAAUUCAAUUUUUACCUCAUAUUAUCGAGUAGUUGGAACGCCUGAUGCUGUAAAAUUAAAUGGCGCAUACAGUCCUAAGCAUACUUUUACAUUUUAUAUUUUUUCAUUAAUUAGUAAUUUAUAAAUCUACAAAUACGCAAACAAUGUGAUUCCUACUUUUAGUGAGUAAGUAUUUUGCUACUUUUUAAAUUUAAGUUAAAUGCAUUUACAAUAGUUUUUAAACAUCAUUGAUUAAAUUAUAUAUCGCGACUGGUUUCUUCAUAUUGUAAACUGACGAAAUAAAUAAACUUGAAUUAGUUAGUUGCAUUUCAUAAUUUUUCUAGAGUUUAGAUAAAUAAAUCAAUUCGUCGAUCCAACAGCAAAAUAGGGUUUCCUCGAGCAAUAUGUUGAUUAAAAUAUUUGAUUCUCAUUGCUUAGGGGAAUAGACAGCAGUAUUAAUUUUAAAAAUAAGUCCCUGGCGUCAUUUUAAAGUGUGAAGAAACACCAAACUGAAACUCAGAAAGCCCAUAAUGCAUUCUAGCAAAAACUUGAUUUUUACCAAAUUAAGCUGCUAAUAUCACACUUAUCUUGCUUCCAUAGGAUUUUUAAUAUCUAAGAUAUCGUGGUCGUCCAACAUUUACAUGUAUGAAAAAACCUUGGAAAAAACAAGUAUAACAAAAUUAACCAUUUCAUUAAAUCCACUUCAACUUUUCAAAAAAUACAAUUUUAUAAAUUAGGGUUUGCAGCGUUUUAAAUUUUUAAUAAUUUUUACUGAAAACACCUCUCAACAUGCUUGUUAUUUGUCGCCUACAAUGACCUCACUAGACUAAACGGCGCUAGUGUCAUUUGCAGUUGGCUAACGUUAAAAAAAUCGCUCGAAAGAAUUGAAAAAAUUCUAAUACCCCUGUUGGAUGGAUUAUGGACCUAGGAGUGACCGGUUUUUACUGGCAUUGUCAGCUCAUCAUUUUCUAGUCUGAUAUUUCCAUGUUUAAAGUUUAUCAAAACGUAGGCAACGUGAUUUGUAUAUAUAAUUAUAUAAUAUAAUAUACUAUAUAAACCGUAAUUUUAUCUAAGUUGUAGAAAAUUUUUACCACUACAGGCAGGCGUUCUAACUCACUAAGAGUUAUAUAAGGAGUUUUUCUAAGGAAUUGUUGUAGUUAAGAGCCCACUAUUUAAUAAUAUAAAUGUCGAUAUAACGAAAAGGAUAUUUUUUAAGUGGAAUGCUAUUAAUUUUAUUCUGCACAACCACAUAUACUAUAAAAUAGCUAGCUAGUAGGAUACUUCGCUAAGAUCUGGUUGUUUAGUCGUAUACGUUUUAUAUUUUUCUCAUAUUUUCUGAAUGUUGAUUUUUUUACUAUACGCCACAAUUGUUUUUCACUUUCGUUCGCCCCAAGACUGGAGACGAUCUGUACAUUUUGACAGACUGAUUUCACAGAAAAUGUUCGGCAGCUACAGUUCAUGUAAGUAACGUCUGAAACGUAUCAUGUAGAUGUUUGUCUGACGAAUGAAAUCACAUAUAUUUGGAAUUCUUUAAUGUAGUAAACGUUUCGGUCACUUUUGUGACAUGACACUUUUGACAAUAUUUUAUUUAUCUGUCUUCUAGGUGACUUUUUUCUUUUCAUUUUUAGAUUCCUAAUAAGUGUGUUACUGCAAUAAUAAAGUUAACAUCUUAAAAUUUGGAAUGAUGGCUUCGCGCAAUUUCGGCAUUUUGAGACUAUUGUAGUAACACACUGUAUUGGAAUCUGAAAAUGAAAGGAAAAAAUUUAUGUUUGCCUGGAAGACACAUAAAUAAAAUAUUAUCAAAAGUGUUAUGUACUGAAGAAGGCCACCUUUGUCAACGAAAGGUUUACUACAUUGAAGAAGAAUUCCAAAUAUACGUGGCUUCAUUGGCCAGACGAACAUGGGAGAUUAUCUGAGGUUUGUGGCAUCGCUAGUUUUUUGAGCUGCUUUUUGUAUAAUAAAAUUCAUUGAAUAGUAGCAAAACGUGAACGUUUUAUAUCUACAGAUAUUAAGGCAAAAAUAAAAAACGAUGUUUUCACUUCAUACGUCGUCGACCGUAUUCUGGACGCAAUUUUAAACUGUACGGUGGAAUUUAAGAGAACAGCUUUUACGAAAUCAAUAUAUUCAUGUUAUUUUGUUUCCAUUGUUUACCAUUGGAAAUAAGUACCUUUGUUUUACACAAAUUCGUCUUAAAACUUAGAGCAAAUUUAGUCAAUUUACGGGAAUUAUAAUAUAAUGAAAUCAAUCUGUUAACAUGCAUGACGACCAAGCAUUUUUAGAGCGGAGUGAAAACUAAGGCAUAUUUGUUGCAUUUGUAAAUUUUUUUGUUGAAGAUCGUUCGAUGACUUGAUCGAAUUAAAUUAUCGCUUUUAACUGUUAUUGUUUUAACAUAUUUUUCCUGUACAUUUUAUAAAACUUACGUUUUUAAUUUACGGAUACUAAUUUAUUGAUCUAUAUUAUUAGUUGCAAUCAAAGAAAAGACUAAUAGAGUAAGGCUACGUUUAAGUUAAGUGGUUGUGAUUCAGGUUAACAAAAGAAAUUAACUACAAAAUUAGGAAAAUGACUUUAAUAGACAGUAUUUUUUGGGUAUUUCUUUGGCUGGAUUACAGUGACAAUGAUAUAUAUUUGUGACAUUGAUUCUCACAUCAGGAGGCACAUUUUUGGGGUUUGGCUCAAAAGUAGGUCAUACCAAAUUCUUGCUUUUUAAAAUUGUAGAUUUGAUUGCUACCUGUCAGAUUUAGAACGAUAUUUAUAAUUUUUUUCCGUUAAUCUAUUUCAUUUUCCUCAUUUAUUCUUUUUUUUUUGUAAUUGAAGCGUCAACAUUUUUUUCUGAUUAUAUAAAAUGUUCUUGAUAUGCGAAUCAGUUAACAAAUAAUUAUCAUUAUCAAUUCAGCAGUUCUAUACCAAAAAUUUACCUUUUAUAAUUUGUUGUCUUUUAAGACUUAGCAUUUCUUUGCAAACAUAGAAUUUAGACGGAAAAACAUGUGAAUUUAUAUUUAGUAGAUGAAAAAGUCUGUCUGUCUGCGCCUUGGAUUCUGUCUUGUCUAAUCACUUAGCAAUCGACUGUUUUUUCUUUUAUACACAUAUUUAUACAUAAUUACUUUUUUUUUUAAUUGAGUGUGACAAUCUACAGUAAGCAAUGUUUAAAUAGAAGUUUAGGAGUAAAAUGUUUUCUAGUUUUAAACAUUGAAAUGAAUUACAAGAUAUAAAACGUCUUUUGGUUGAUACAGACCAAUAUUAGAGUUACAAAGAUGAAGAAUAUAUUCAAAGGACUAGCAUUUAUCAGGUGAGUGUUUUUGGUUUAACAUCUGGCAUGUUUCUGAAGCAAACUGUCUAGUAUUUAGAAUUUAAAAUGAUACAGUGUGGAUGAAAACAGCUACUAUCAUACACCAGGCAUUACUAUAAAUCCACUACUAAUCAGCUGUUUUGAAAUAUGUCAUGAUUUAAACCACAAUGCAUCCACUUGAUGAGAUCUAGCCUUCUGUAUUUAAGUAGUGUAUAGUGGGUAUGUCGUAUAUUAAAUAAUAUAUAUACAAAGAUUAUUACUGAAUGUUCUAAAUAUCAAUAUAUUCUGACACAUACACACAUAGCAUAUAUAGUGAAACGUGAGAGUAUAGCUAUUUAAUAUGUUCAAAUUUUUAUCUAUCGGUUAGAAGGAAACCUUUGUGCAUGAAACGUUGAUAUUGGGGAGUAGACAAUUGAUGAAUGAUGGAUUCUUUAAGGUUGUUAUAUAACCUCACUUCGUUCUUAUUUCACUUUGAAAUUGAACAUUAUAUACCGUUUCAAAUAACUACAUUUGCUUAUCUUUCAUUAACAAGUAGUUAAAUAUUUUGUUGUGGAUUAACUGUGACAUGUGUAACUAUUUGGAGUCCAAAGGUCUGUGCAUUGGCAAUCCUUACUGGUUUGGAUAUUGAGUACUUGGAAUAUAAAAGCGAAUUUCUGGAACAUUUUUAAAAAAUCCGCUAUUCUCGCAUUGAUCAUCAUGAGGUAACAGUACGAGGUUUGUUCGAAAAGUAUCGCAUUCAUCUUUUUUCAAGAAUUAUUUAUUUAUUCAUGAAUAUAUAUUUUUCAAAGUAAUCCCCCAUCAUUAUACACUUGUGAUAACGUUUUUUCCAAUCCUCGAAGCAUUUUGAAAAAUCAUUUUUUGUGAUAUUGUUCAGCUCGUCCUGCGAUGCCGUCUUUAUCUCCUCAAUCGUGGCGUAUCGUCGUCCUUUCAUGGGCCUCUUCAGUUUCGGAAACAAGAAAAAGUCGCAGAGGGCCAUGUCUGGGGAAUACGGUGGGUGAGGCAUUAUUGGAGUGUUGUUUUUGGCUAAAAAUUCACGCACAAGUAACGAUGCACGAGCAAGGGCGUUAUCAUGGUGCAAAAGCCAAUUUUUGUUCUUCCACAAAUCCGGGCGUUUCUGGGGGAUUUCUUCUCGCAAAUUGCGCAUUACUUGAAGGUAAUACUCCUUAUUGACCGUUCUACCCUGCGGCAAGAACUCAUCAAUGUUUUCGCCUGUUGUUGAUGUGCAUCUCGGCCCUCUGAGAACAUUUUGUACCAUCGAUAAACGUUGCUUUUGUCCAAAGUAGCUUCGUCGUAUGGAAAAGUCAACAUUUGGAAUAUGUACUUCAAGUUGUUUUUUUUACACAAAAUUUGAUGCAAAUUCUUUGAUCCAUUUUUUAGAAUAGACAAAAAUUGGAGACAAGCUAAAACACGUCCACGCACAAUAUCUGUCAAAAACUGAACAUUCAAAUUGGCCGAUAUUAUCAACAUUAGUGAGAGUCAUGAGUACCAACAUAACGCCACCAAAAGAUCGAAAAUCGAACAUACGUAGCCCGCGAAAAUUCAAAAUUUGCGAUACUUUUUAAACAAACCUCGAAUGAUGAAGCAUUGUCAUUUUAUCUUAAAUAUUACGGGUAUUUUUACGCAUUAAACAAAUAUUAAAGAUUUUACAGAUUACAGGAGUAAUUCUCAACUGAGCAGAAUUCUGCUGUUAUAUUUUCAAUUCAAAGUUAACAGACUUUUGGACAUCACUUGCCGUUAAUUUUUUAAUAUACCAACUUGUCGUUCAAAUCCAUCUAACUAACGCAACUGUCUCUAUGACGUUUAAUCAGAGUUUCUAUGCCAAACUAAUUCAAAGCUAGAAAACGUUGACGUGAAAAAAGUACAAAAUUAAGGGCGGAUGAAAAUCAGUCUUCGGUCGUAAAAUAUAACCGGCUUCGGAAAAUAUUAUAUUGAUUGUUUGUCUCGUGUUGUGGUGGGGGAAUAUUAUAAAAAAUAUCAAUAUUUCGCAGGAUGUUUUAUGUAGGGUUGACAUCCUCGAUCUUGCUUGGCGAUGGCUCAGUGCUUGAAAACUUCAAUUUCAAAUGUCAUUCUGUGGGUAUGGCGUUUCUGGUUGUACAUGUUCUCUUGAAACUUGCUUAUAACCAAUGCGGUCAGAAUUAUGUUCGAUAUUGUCAUUAAAAUCACAAAUAUUUGUGUAUAUUUACAUGAAUACUGUUGGUGUACCUAAUACUAGAUUACAAGUAAAACAUGGCAACAAAGAGAUCGGAACGUUGCCAAAUAAUGAUUUCUAACUUCACAAGAAUGUUGUUCAAUUGCAGAUGGUGAUUGUAAUUCUUAUAAGUAUUGCAAUUUACCUGAUAAGAUUGUCAAUGGGAUUGUUUUCAGUGCUGUGCCUGAAUUGAGGUUGCUUGUUCUAACUUGCAAAUAACAUACGUGUUUUUUCCUGUAUAUGUAGUCAUAUCGUAGUGGUGUUGGCUAGUGUUUGUGUUGGUGAAUCUUUCUAUAUAAAACGGUGGCCUUUGUUGUAUUAAUAACCAUACUCUGGUGAUGCUCGACGUUAACACGACGAAGUUGAAUUAGAUCAGCGACCGUUUUACGUGACAAAUUAUACUAUAGUCGAGAGCUCCAAAUUGAAAUUUGGUAGGAUAACUCAUCGCGCACCCCUAAUUAUGUGUGUGCGAAGUGUGCGUGGUCCUUGCGCUAGAUACCAGCUCGACAGCAUCUAGAUUAAGCACAUGUAUGAGGAUUUUACUGUGCUAUAUAAAUGCAGCGAUAGCUAUACCCUAUUUCACAAGUAUCGAUCCCCAUAUCCGGACAGGACACAUAAUUCUGACGGAUCCUUCAACGUCAGGUGGUCAGAGCCGUAUUUUGUUUUAGUUUUUUGUCCGCUACAUAUUUCAUUUAAAAAAGUUCAUUUGCAUACAAAAACAAAACGAUACAAAGUUUUACUAGAUUUACACCCGAUUCAUUAUUGCCAACGUUGCAACCUAACCUGUUCACCUUAGUGGACGUCAAAGCGUGAUUAAUGCUUGUGAACUAGGGUAUAGAUGAUGGUUGUUUUGGUGAUCAAUCUUAUUGUUUUGCUGGACAAACGAAACCAAAGAUGUACAAAUGAAAAAGUCUACCGAGAUGUCCGAAAUGUUAGUAACCUUUCAUUUACUACAUGUGUGAGUUCAUUUGGCCAGCCUAACAUGGAGAUAGAUUAAUGGUGUUCGAUGAGUUACACUAUGAACUGCAACUUUGGAACGUGACAUUAGCAAUAGUUUGAGAGAACGUAUACUACUAAAAAAAUAAUUACAUCCAACAACUGCUAGUUACAUCUUCUGAUUGAUUUGUGUUUUGAAGCGAUCACUGAUCUUUUUUUAUUUCAUACGGGUAGUAUUUCAUAAAUGAUCGAUAAUCGAUACACAUAUAUUAAAAUGGCCUUUCCUAUUUAACUUCUCUAAAAGCUGGGGGCGUGUGUAUACUCUCUUUUCUUUCUUAACACUACAGUAAAAUAUUGCUGUACACACGAAUAUAUUAAUAUACAUUUAACUGUCGUCAAGUAUUAUUUUGGUGCUAAAAACAGCUUCCCUAAAUAUAAAUUAGAUUACUAGCUACCGAUUACAUCUUAUAUCAUUAUUGAAAUAUUUAAAAAAAGUAAUGAAUAGCUACUUUUAUUAUACAAAAAUUUCCAGUAAUGUUACUAUUCUCAAAGUACUUAUGUUUGUAAUUAAUUAUCGCAUAAAAUUCUCCUUUCAUACACACAUUUCAGAAAAUAUAUUAGAAAGCAUAUUCACUAGUAAAAUGUUCACCAUGGCUCGGAGAUGAAUGAACAUUAUUAGUUAAUGUAAUGCUUGUACCUUGACAUCGUUUAAUUUGUGGUUCUCAAAAUACACUCAAAGCACAAAUUUCGAUUAUAUCGAAAAACAAGGAUAUAUUUCCUUUUGACAAGGAGAUUUGAAGAAAUCACAUCACAGGCGUUAAUACGUAACAGUGAACAGGGUUAAUAGGUUAAUCUUUUGACUUAUCAUUUACCUGAAAUCGAAAACUAAGCACAGUUUUUCAUGGGAUCAAUCUAAUAUUAUUAAAACGUGGCACGCCUUAUACAUUUUAAGCUCAUAAUUAUAUUUAGGGAAAUUGUGAGGUAGCAUUAAAAUAAGACUUUUUGUUUUGAUGAAAAGACUAGGUAUUAUUUUGGAAGACACUGUAGUAGCUGUUAGGCGAAAUACACUAAUACAAAAUAAUUUAAAAAUUAAAUAUAGACUUACUGAUAUAAAUUGUAUUUUGUAUUCUACAGUAUACUUACUAGUUAAAUGGUUAGUGUAAUUUAUAAAUUUAAACAUAGAGAAUUAAAAUUUAGACGAAUUUGACUGAUGUACAGAGGUUACUUGGCUAAGUUUUUAAACGUUAAAAAGUGAAAUAAAUACAAUAAAUCGAUUUACAUUAUAACUAUUUAGGGCCUUUAAAUAAUAGUGCAAUUCAAAGUUUUUUAAUAUAGUGAACAUAGUAUGUUGUUUAAGGUAUUUUUAUAAUUUUAGCAUAAUUUGACGACACGUGUAGCUAAGAUGAGAUCUGAAAUAUGAUAUCCGGCCAAUUUUGCACACGUAUCAUUUAAAAUUCGAUCAUAAAAAAUAUCCUCAUUUUAUUGUAGUCUCUCAAAAACGUUUGCCUUACUUAAGAGCAUGGUUGGUUUUAAAUGAUAUUACCUUAAAUUCGAUCAAAUCAAAUUUCAGAUCACCAGAAAACCUAGUCUACUCUAGAAUUACAAACAGUUUAAGAAGUAUUUUACUGCUCAAAAGAUAUUAUUUUGUAUUAUGUAGUUACUUUAACUUUAAGAAGCAAUGUCUACCAGUCUAAACAUGAAAUUGAUUUAAGAGAAAAUUGUAUAUUUAAUAUAUGAGUGUGACCUUCAAGUGUGUUAUGCCGAUCUAUUGUUUUCUAGUACCUAAAUAGUUGACGGAUGAUUUUUCAUAAUUCUCGUGUUUAUAUGUGUUCCAACAGUAUACGUCGCUACAUAUUUCUUGUAUUGCUUUUAGUUGAUCUCGUUGUUUUUAAUCAGUUUUUUCGCGUAUUUUUAAAUGUGGAGGUUUUCGGUAUUUAGGAAUUCAGUAACCUGGAAAUGCAAAUUACUCCCUAGAAUAACCUUACGUUCUCUCACUGACCAGUGAUAAAAACAUGUCUUGAUUGGGAUGUUACCUUCACAACAAUACUGAGUGAUUUGCAUUGUAUUUGAAUUACUACAAGUUUUAAAUAUUCAGUUCCUUUUCGUUUUUGUAGCGCGAUUUUUUCCGAUACGGCGACACGUCUGAAAAAUCGAAUUACCACCCCUCACUUAAACUAUCCCCUCUGCCACUGUCUUUAUAGCGGCAUCCAAGUAUUUUCACGAUACAUUAUUAAAAAGCAAUCUGAUCACGUGAAUAAUUGUUGAGAGUAUCUGUGUAAUGGUUGUCGAGGUCGAUCUUAUUAGUAAUUUAUGCCACGGGUGGAUUAGAUUUGUAGUUAUAUGUCGGCUCCUGUUUAUUGCAAUCCUUAGCUUGCAUUCUUGACCAAUUAGCUAUUUUCGGUUCAAGAUAGAUGUUUUACAAGUUGUCUCAUGCUGAAUAAUUGAAUAAGCAUUGAUUUGACAAUUGACAAAAAUGUGCGAUAUUCCACUGCUUUUAUUUCUUUUCCCUUUAUUGAAAAGCUCUGAUUUAUCUAUUUUUUUAAAAAGAAUCAUGGCUUAGUAGGUCGGCUGACUACUUUAAAGAUAUUCCGAUUUAUUAAGGUUACUUCUCUAAAACAUAAAACUAUAAAAAUUGUAAUCAUAACCCAUGGUGAGUCCCCCAAGAGGCUACUGCAGGUUUAUCACAAGGAAGUUGAAAUAUUUUUAAAAGGGAAUCAGCCAAGAUAUUGUCUGUUAGAGCAGCAGACGUCAAACUAGUCGUUUUUAAGUAUAUAAUUUCACGAUGAGAUGACUUAGAUGCAUUUAUUUUGAACGUUGCUCAUUCUUGCAAAUCAUUGAUUUUAGGCAGCAACAUAUAGUCUGUCACUAAAAUCGACUAAUCUACCCUGGUCAUUAGUAGUAAUUGUUAACACACAGAGACCUGGUUUAAAAUAAUGUCUGUUUUAACGAUUAUAUGAAUAUAAUAUAAAGUAAAUAUAGUAGUGCAUUUGUAACAUUUGGGGUAGUUGAAUAUUUGAGUAUAUUUAGUCUGACUUAAGAUGUCACUAGUUUAUCAAAAUACUUACAAAACAAUGUACCUAUAAUGCAUUAUCUCUGAAUUUAUGAAAAGAGAAAAAAUAUAACAUG